UUAAUUAUUCAUAUGUGAUUUGCCGUUCUCCUUCCGACUCUUGAUCAUGUCCACGGGAUCCGAACCGUAGGAGGACCCAGCGGUGACUGCAACACCACGUUCGUGCCUUCUGCCUCCACCGCUUUCGGUUUGGGGAUCGUCACCUGACUGAACCGCCCGGUUCUCUUCCCGGAACCGCCGGUUUCGCCAAACAGAUGCCUUAGAGAGAUAGGAAUUUUAGAGAAUUGAAGAAUUAAAAGAGUGUGAAAGGAAAGAAAGUGUGGGAGUAGGAUUUGAGUUUAGUUACAAUACGAUACGAGUACUGUGUAAAUUUUACUGAUAAAAGAGUUGGAAUGAUCCGGCACACGGCGUUGGACCCAGAUAUUACAAACAAAGUAUGUGGUGUGCUUGAACCGUUUUUGCUGUCACUGGCAAAGUCUUCGAAUCCCUUAACGCUGAGACAAUGCAGCCAAAUCCACGCAAAGCUCAUUCUCUCCCAAUGUAUUUCACAAACCCACUUAACCAAUACUCUCUUGAAUAUGUAUGCUAAAUUUGGUCACCUUCGCCAUGCCCAUAUCCUGUUCGACCAUAUGCCUAAUAAGAAUGUUGUGACCUGGACAACCUUAAUUUCCUCGCAUCUCCGAACUGGGUCACUCCCAAAAGCCUUUGAGAUGUUCAAUCAGAUGCGUGAAACGAAUGAGAGGCCCAAUGAGUACACGUUCUCUGUUCUGCUUCGAGCUUGUGCCACUCCUUCAUUGUGGGGAGUGGGUUUGCAGAUUCAUGGUCUGCUAGUUCGAUCUGGGCUUGAGAGAGACAAGUUUGCUGGGAGCUCUAUUGUGCAUAUGUACUUUAACUGUGGCAAUAAUCUCGAGGGUGCAUGUCGUGCUUUUCAUGACUUGUUGACGAAAGACCUUGUUGCAUGGAAUGUUAUGAUUUCUGGGUUUGCUCAUGUUGGUGACUUUAGCAUGGUUCAUAGGUUGUUUUCUGAGAUGUGGGAGGUCCAAGGAUUGAAACCCGAUGAUAGGACUUUUGUUAGCUUACUCAAGUGCUGUUCUUAUUUAGAACAGGUAAAGCGAAUCCAUGGGCUUGCAUCUAAGUUUGGUGCCGAAGCUGAUGUUGUGGUGGGCAGUGCUAUGGUUGACUUGUAUGCCAAAUGUGGGGAUGUAAGUUCUUGCAGGAAAGUCUUUGACUCCAUGGAGGAGAAGAAUAUUUUUGUUUGGAGUUCUAUCAUUUCAGGCUAUACCAUGAAUGGUAGAGGCGAGGAAGCUGUGCAUUUUUUCAAGGACAUGUGUAGACAAAGGAUUAGACCAGAUCAGCAUGUGUUUUCGAGUACUUUGAAAGCUUGUGUUGAACUGGAGGACUUUAACACUGGAGUUCAAGUGCAUGGCCAAAUGAUAAAAGCUGGGUAUCAAAAGGAUUGUUUUGUAGCAAGUGUGUUGUUGACUCUCUAUGCCAGUUUUGGUGAACUUGUGGAUGUGGACAAGGUGUUUAGAAGAAUUAUUGAUAAAGAUAUUGUAGCGUGGAACUCGAUGAUCAUGGCUCAUGCUCAACCAGGGCGAGGAUCUAGUCCCUCUAUGAAACUAUUACAAGAACUUCGCAGAACCACCUCGUUGCAAAUUCAAGCUGCCACCCUAGUUAUUGUUCUAAAGUCUUGUGAGAAUAAACUAGAUUUUCCUGUAGGUAGACAUAUUCAUUCACUUAUAGUAAAAUCGAGUGUUAGCCAUCAUACUUUGGUUGGCAAUGCAUUAGUUCACAUGUACUCGGAGUGUGGACAAAUUGGUGAUGCAUUUAAAGCUUUUAUUGACAUUGUCCAAAAAGAUGAUGGUUCUUGGAGUUCUAUUAUUGGAACUUAUAAACAAAAUGGGCUGGAAUCAGAAGCUUUGGAGCUAUGCAAAGAGAUGUUGGCUGAUGGAAUCACUUUUACCGUUUAUAGCCUUCCAUUGUGUAUUUCAGCUUGCUCACAACUUUCAACUAUACAAGUGGGUAAACAACUCCAUGUUUUCUCUAUCAAGUCUGGUUACAACCGUCAUGUGUAUGUUGCAAGUUCCAUCAUAGAUAUGUAUGCUAAAUGUGGAACCAUGGAGGAGUCGGAGAAGGUUUUUGGUGAACAGGUAAAGCCGAAUGAAGUAAUUUAUAAUGCUGUGAUGUGUGGAUAUGCUCAUCAUGGAAAGGCACAAGAAGCCAUAGAAGUAUUUAAUAAGUUAGAGAAGAAUGGUUUGACUCCCAAUCACGUAACUUUCUUAGCUGUGCUAUCAGCUUGUAGCCAUUCGGGUUAUCUGGAAGAUACUUUGUAUUUCUUUACAUUGAUGCUUAACAAAUACAAAAUUAAGCCAGAAUCUGAGCAUUAUGCAUGCUUAGUUGAUGCCUUUGGCCGGGCAGGAAGGUUAGAGGAAGCUUAUCAAAUAGUGCAGAAGGAUGGAAGUGAAUCAGCAUGGAGAACAUUACUAAGUGCUUGUAGGAAUCAUAAUAACACAGAAAUUGGAGAAAAAUGUGCAAUGAGGAUGAUAGAAUUGAAUCCCAGUGAUCAUGCUUCGUACAUUCUUCUCUCAAACAUUUACACUGGAGAGGGAAAAUGGGAAGAAGCUCUUAAAUGUAGGGAGAAAAUGGCUAAAAUUCGUCUGAAGAAAGACCCAGGCAGUAGUUGGUUGAUUUGAGGAUCGCUUAGAUGUGAUUUAUACUAACGUAAUUACAGUGCAAUUUUAUUUA